GCUGCUGUCACGCCUGCGAGUUGCUUAGCUCAGAUGGGCGGACCCAAAAACACGGCGCUCGCAGAGCCCCAUGUCCCAGACCCUGCUGUGCUUACGACCUGCACAGGAGCACAAGCCGUAACAGCCGGCCCGGCGCUGCUGGCAGAGUUCAUGUACGCAACAACAGGCUGCUCUCUGACACUCCAUCACACAGAAAAGCCAGAACACGAAGACAUCUGUGAGUACCGUCCCUACUCCUGCCCAUGCCCCGGUGCCUCCUGUAAGUGGCAGGGAUCCUUGGAAGCCGUGAUGUCCCACCUUAUGCAUGCCCACAAAAGCAUUACCACCCUUCAGGGAGAAGACAUUGUUUUUCUUGCCACAGACAUUAACCUUCCAGGGGCGGUUGACUGGGUGAUGAUGCAGUCGUGCUUCGGUCACCACUUUAUGCUGGUGCUGGAGAAACAAGAGAAAUAUGAAGGUCACCAGCAGUUUUUUGCCAUCGUGCUGCUCAUCGGCACCCGUAAGCAAGCAGAGAACUUUGCGUACAGACUGGAGCUGAACGGCAACCGCCGACGGCUGACCUGGGAGGCAACGCCCCGCUCCAUCCACGACGGGGUGUCCGCAGCCAUCCUGAACAGCGACUGCCUAGUUUUUGAUACGGCUAUAGCACACCUUUUUGCUGACAAUGGAAACCUCGGCAUUAACGUGACUAUUUCUACGUGUUGUCCGUGA